AUGAGGAGUGCUGGGUGUGUGGAAAAACGUGUGGCAGUGACUUUAUAUCGUUUGGCAGGCAAUGAGUGUUAUAGAACUCUCUCCAAUCUCAUUGCAGUUGGAAAAUCAAACGCCUGUCAGAUUGUGAAUGAGAUGCCAUCUGGAGCUUACCUCGAAAGAGUUAGUGCAAACUUCAAGGUUGCAGGACAUGGAUUUCCUCAAAUAGGAGGUGCAAUUGAUGGAUCCCAUAUAUCUAUCAGAUCUUCGUCUUAUAGCCCUGACUGUUAUUACAACAGAAAGGGUUAUCAUUCGAUAAUCCUUUAUGCUGUUGUGGAUUCAUUUAUGAAUUUUACUGAUUUGUGUGUCGGAUGGCCUGAACGAGUGCAUGAUGCUCGUGUCUUUGGUAACCGUUGUCUAUAUGCUGAUGCAGAACGUGUUGUGCCAGUUCUACUUCUUGGCGACCCUGCCUAUCCCAUAAAGAAAUGGUUGCGUAACCUUCGUCUAUAUGCUGAUGCAGAACGUGUUGGUACGCCUUUCGCAAACAGUGGAAGUGUUUGUAUCUGUAAUGUUGAAGUGCCAGUUCUACUUCUUGGCGACCCUGCCUAUCCCAUAAAGAAGUGGUUGCUUAAACCAUACCCAGAAAGUAAGAACUCGACACAAUCUGAGAGAGAUUUCAAUUACAAAAAUGGUUGUGCUCGAAUUCUUGUUGAGCGAGCAUUUGGCCUACUGAAAGGUCGUUGGAGAAUCCUACUAAGCCCUCAGGAAGGGCACCUCAACAACAUCCAGGCAGUUGCUGUAGCUAGUUGCACAGUGCACAAUUAUUGUCUACUUCACAAAGAAAUUGACUUUGACUAUGAAGUGGAAAGUAGUAGGGAGGGUUGCAUCGAAGUGGGCUUAGGUAGAGGAACAGCCGCUUCAGCAUCUUUUAUUCGUAACACCAUUAGAGACUACCUGGCAACGUUAUAG